ACUCCUCCUCCCAGUGCCUCCUGAGCGCCUGAACUUGUGAGGUUAACCUUUUCAUUAGCCAUGUAGCCUAAUGUUGCUGUUUUUUUCUCCGCAUUUGCAUGUCAGCAGCAUGAGCGCAACCUUAUUACUAUUUCCGCACCUGCUUUUGCGCAACCUCUGAAGUUCAGCGACACCUUUAUUUGCUGAACCCGACAUUUGUAUGAUUUUUUGGGGGGUAAUUCGGGCUUUUUCUGUAUGCAUGAUGGAUAAACGAUGAGGCGCAGAGAGUGAACAUGGGGCUCCCAGAGCAUCACUAGUGUCCAAACAUCCCGUCAGCCGUGCGCAUCGGCUCUGACUUUCUCCGCUGGCUCCGGCUGAUCGCCUUUCAUCUCAUCUCCUCCAGACUCCAGACUCUUCCUCGCUCCUCCUCCAGCUCCUGCUGUUGCUCCAAACCAAACAGGUCGCGUUAUUUAUUAAAGUGCUGCUCCUUUUUUAACCUCGGCAGGGUCAAUGUAUAUAGACGCGUUCAAACGGAUCCUCUUUGAAAGGCUGAACUGCUUGAAGAGAAUGUGUGUGUGUCAGCGGCAAGGCAGCUCGUUUGCCAUGUCUAAGACAGCGGCUAAGAAGCUGCACUGGUGCUCCAAGGUGCAAGACAGCUUCGUCCCUUUGCUCGGCGCGUCAGGAGAGCUGGGCAUCUCUGUUGGAGGAGGAGCAGAUUAUGGAGAGUUUCCCUUCGUCACGUCGGCUCCAGGCGGCGGCCUCACGGUGGGGGACAUCGUCCUCGAGAUCGGCGGAACACCGGUGCUCGGCAUGACGUUAGGAGACGUCCGCGGGGUCCUCAGCUCUUGUCCACAUCCCAUCCGCAUCAAGACGGUGACAUCAGGCUCCGCGUUGUGCAAGGAUCUCAGGUUAUAUCUGAGCAAAUGCUUCACGCCCGGCUCGGUGGACAGCCAGCUCCAGCAGGUCAUCAGAGAGAACCUCUACCUCCGAGCGGUCCCCUGCACGACCCGGCAGCCCAGAGAGGGGGAAGUCUCAGGCGUAGACUACAACUUUGUCUCCAUUGAGGAGUUCUUUUCCUUGGAGGAGUCGGGAGCGCUGCUCGAGAGCGGAAAGUUCAAAGGAAAUUACUACGGCACACCUCGGCCCGUUCACAUCAGCGCAGAGAGCCCCCCAAUCACCUACCAGGAGCAUCGAAACCUGCUCAGAAACUUCCGCACGCGCAGCAAAUCGCUCAGCAACCUGGAAAAGACUCCAGAGGAAAGCGUCAACGGCGAGGAUGACUCUGGUCUGCAAGGAGGCUCUGGAGGUGUGAGACGCGGUAAUCCUGCUGUCCACCGCUCUCCCGGUCGGCCCAGGGCGUCCAGCAGCGGAGGGGUCGGUCACGUCGCAGAGAAUGGGAUCAUCGGUAGCAGGAGAGGCGCCAGAAUCAGAGGUGUGAUGCCUGACCACUGGGAGCAGGCCUUCAGUGACCCGGGAGAAUCACUUUACAUCGAGCGCAGCCCCAAAAGGACCAGCUGGCUGAGUCCUCGUCCCUCGAGCAGGGAGGCCCUCUACAGGAACGAGUGGUUCACAGACCAUCCGGAUGAGCUCAGAGGGUACCCUGUGCACGUGCACCUGAUCAAAGGCUCCAGAGGCUUUGGUUUCAACAUCGUUGGAGGCAGCAGGCCGAGAGAGCUCCUCCAGGUCUACAGCGUCACGACAAGUGGACCUUCCACUCUCAAGACGGCGGACAUCCUGGUGUACAUCAACGACGUUUGUGUGUUGGGAAAGUCUCACAAAGAGGUUGUAGGGAUGCUCAAGUCAGUGCCUGUGGGUCACAGUGUGGAUGUAGAGGUUAAAAGGGGAUACCCCAUGCUCUACAACCCCAACGGUCUCCUCAAGCAGCCUUCGCCGAGGUCUCUGGACAGUGAAGGUCCUAUCCUACCGCCGACCACCACCCAGCCUCAGUCUCUUCACCCGCUACCUCGCCUGUCGACGCCCGCACCCCAGACUCAGCAUUAUAACGAGGUCCACAGUGACGGGGGCUACACGCAGCCCGGUGUGACUCUAGAUGCCAACGGGAACGCCACGCCAUUCGCUUCCAGACCGCCUCCCCCGUACAGAUGCUCCAGUGUGAGCGACGCUGCCACACCCUCGCCGGUUCACCCUCCUCGGUCCCUGAAGAGUUUAGCCAGGCUGCAGUCGCUUGACCCGACGCAGGCCAGUCAGAGUGACAGUGAGGUGGUUUCAGCGAUCGGUUCACACAGGAAAUCAUUGAUCCGAAAUCACAACAAUAACUCCCUUUCAACGCCGCCACACCUCCUGCAUUAUGGAACAUCAAAGUCUUCAGAAAGUGACCUGUCUAACUGCACCAUACCUGGGGCCCGGCUGCCUCUACCCGAGUCUCCACGGAGACCGUCUUCUUCCAGCGCCGGUCCCCGCAGCACCCACCCUCAGCUCUACGGACCACGCACCGCCCACCUCAGAGCCCCCACGCCGGAGAGCCCUCGUCACCACAGCUUUAAUGGUAUCCACGGCAACACCAGCCCAAACGGCAGUCCUAGCGACGUGUCGUCCCCUGGGGCCAUGAGUGUCGGCAGCGGCUUUGGGAGUUUCAGUGGGGGGGAACUGGUUCCAGUGGCCUUGGCACAAGCCGAAGGAGACCGAGGCCUGGGCUUCAGCCUGGCAGCCGGUGGACACAGAGGCAGGGUGACUGUGGUGGAGAGGGUCUGGGACAGGAAGCAGUGCAGCUCCCUGCAGCCAGGGGACGCUAUCGUCAAAAUCAAUGGAGCUGAUGUCCAGAGCCUCAGCUGUGCACAGAUCCAAACGAUUCUGCAGGAACACACCAAACAGGGAGAAGUCAUUUUGCUGAUUUACAGAGGAGGGAACUAUCAUUCCUCCAUCUCCCCCGGCUCUGCUCGGAGACUGCCUCCCCCUCUUCUGCAUCCCCCUCCUCCCCCCGUUGGGUCAGACAACUCAUCUGCCCUGUCGGACAUUUUGCCCAUGCCCAUGCCCCGCACCUCCCCAAUCCCACCUCCAUCCCCGAUCCGGAUGGGCUCCUCGCUGAUCCAGAGCACCAGUUUCCUGGAGUCGAUUCCAGUGACCCUGACCAUGGAGCCCAAAGACUGGAUUGACAUUGGCCUGGAGGACGAGGCCGGCGGUGUGUCGGUGCCGGACGAGAGUCUGGAGAAGAGGAGGGGCGAACGGACCCGUCCUUUGAGAGGGUUUGACGUGGAGCUGAGAAGAAAGCCGGGCGAGGGAUUCGGGUUCGUCAUUGCAUCUCAGGAUGUGGAGAAUGGUAAAGCUGCAUCCCUUCUACCCCACCGCUUUGUGACGGUGCGCCGCAGCAGUCCCGCAGCGAAGAGCGGCCAGAUCCGAGCCGGGGACCGUUUGGAGGCUGUGGAGGGGCGCUCGGUGGCGACUCUGCCUCAUCGGGAACUCGCUCAGAUUCUCCGCCAAGCAGGAAACACGCUGCGCCUGACCGUCGUUCCCCGCCCCAGCACCCACUCCUCCAACCUCUCGGAAACCGCUGAGCAUGAUCAGGACCACAAGAGCAGAAAGGGUCAGAGGUCACGCCCAAAGCGCAACUCCAGGUACUACAGUGUGGAUCUGGAUCGGGGGCCCUCAGGCUUUGGCUUCAGCCUCCGAGGGGGGAGCGAGUACAACAUGGGCCUUUACGUCCUGGGACUGAUGGAGGGGGGCCCUGCCUCUCGAAGCAAAAAGAUACAGGUGAGCGACCAGCUGGUGGAGAUCAACGGCGACAGCACGGCCGGGAUGACGCACGGUCAGGCUGUGGAGAUAAUCCGCCGAGGGGGCCAGCGCAUCCACCUGGUCCUCAAGCGAGGAAACGGCUACGUGCCUGACUAUGCCCGUGAGCACAGAAUCGCCUCCCCCUCCCUCCUGCACAACCCCAAAGAGCAGGGUUUGGCUGCAGUGAGCUCCGCUGGACGGAGGGGACGCACGUCCAAGCAGAAGAGGAGGAGCGGGUCGUCCGGAGACGUGAGGGGGAAUGGGACAGGAAUGAGAAGACGAAGAAGACCGAGCUCAGGGGGAGGAGGACGCUCACGUUUACAAAGCCCCGUCUCCAAGAGAGGAGAGCGGGACGAGGCGAGGAAGCGGAGGUCUCGGAGUUUACCGAGGGAUAACACCAGGAAGGAUGAUGAUCACGUAGACAGUCGGACUGUUAGGGGACACGAUGGGGACAAGGAAAAGCGGAGCAGCAGAGACAGAGAGAGGAGAAGCAAGAGCAGGGUCCGGAAGACGAAGUCGGAGGGUGAGAAGCCUGAGCAGGAGGAGGAGCAGGGAGCAGCAGCCUUCGAGGUGAAGGUGGGAAGACGAGCCAGUUGUGAAGAGGACGACAUUUUCAUGCCCAGCCCAACCCGACGGCUUCCCAGACCCAAGGAAAACUGGAAGUGCGAUGCUGACAGACGCUGGGACGUGGCAGCAGAGUACAGGGAGCUGAAGUGGGACAAGGAUCAGGACGAGGAGAGGGGCGAGUCACAGGAUGAUGACUGGGACGAGGUUGACAGCACAACGCUGGACAUAGAUGAAGAAAACUACGACACGCAGUCUACGACCUUUUGGAGGCCGUCUCCAGCCGCAGCAGCAGCAGAUCCAGCAUCACAGAGAAAGCCCUCCUCCUACCUCACCUCCACGCUGUCUGUGGACGAGCUGGGGGAUGACGGGUCAGAGUUGGGCUCUGAAGACAGCGUCUCUGCCGCCAGCAUUUCCGGCUCUUCUCUCUCUGCCAGGGCUCUGCCGGGCCCUUGGCUCCCGCCCAAUCAGCAGAGGCCGGUCGCAGAGGAGAACCGGCAGCCUCGGAGCAGGACAGAGCCGGCGGGGAGAGGAAGUGCCGUCUCUUGACCUUUAAAGGAGCACGCAGCAGCUAAAUAAAUCCCGAGUGAGUUAGCGCCCUCUCUACGAACACUUUUCUGAGUCACCUUCAGUAGAACCCUUCGUCUUUGUGCCUUUUUGCAGCUGCUUUCCGGCUGAUGUUGUCAUCACUUUUCAGUUUCACACUUCUCUUCCCACAUUAGAAAAUCUGACUUUGUUUUUUACCGUCUACUAGUUCGUCGCUCACCUUUCAGCUUCCCCGCAGCCAUCCAGACUGCUUUAGGCGAGCGUCGGCUCUCCGCCGCCACAAAAAUACCACAAAGACUUUUACCUCACGGAGGUACCGAGCAACGAAGAUGCAAUUGUCCAAGACUAUCAGCCGUCUGUCCCCACUGCACCGUCCAGUGUUCAUACGCAUGGACGUAAUUUUGGGGGGGGACAGGGGGGACAUGUCCCCCCCACUUUUUCCAAAGUCAAGCUUUGACCCCUGCACUUUUUACCAUCCAAAAACAAUAUUACGCUAUUUUAAAUUGACACUGGUUGAGCUCUAGGACCAAGCAGAAAACAACCAUUUGUGUUGAAGCCUGUUUCCCAUUAGAACAUGCUGUAAAGAUCCCCCCCCCCCCCCCCCGUGUCCCCCCCACUUCUAAAGUGAAAAUUACGUCCAGUGUUCAUACGGGAGUCUGUGGGCGUUUGCCUCCACUUGUCACGUUGCAUUGAUGUCUGAUUGCAACACAAGCCCUGUCAAAGGCAGGUGUGAAAUCUGGACUGUACAUAUCUUUAGACAAAUAAAUAAGAGUGUAUUGUAAACCUAAUGAAGCCAGAAUUUGUAGAAGUGUGUUAUAAAAAUCAUAUAUUUGAAUAUUACAGUAAGCGCGCACACACACACACACAUAUAUAUGUAAUCGUGUAUUAUUGUGUGACGAUGAGUGAUGUGAGCUGUGGUACCCGGCUUUCAUCAAAGCUGAAAAUGUAAACAGACCGGUCUAGCUCCAGUGGCAGGCACGAGUUUCUGGUGAAGCUGCUGGGAAACCAGCAAAAAAAAAAAAAAAAGAUGCCAAAACACGUGCAUUCUGUUUGCAUAUUUCUAGAACUGUUAGUGUUGUGUGUGUGGGGUCAGCAUCCAACCUAGAAUCCAGAGAGUGCUGUGCCCAUCGUGCCACGUACUGUUGCCUUGGUAACAAAACCACUUUAUCCUAACCGCUAUUUUUCUUAACUGUGAAAAUCUUUUGCUCCAAGGUGUCUGCUGUGAGAGAAGAGUGGGCCGUUUAGUAAUCUCAGCCAUGCCAAAUACACAUGUGUGAAAAACUAAAACGUUAAAGGACCUUAAUGUGAAUCAGCAAAAAGGAAAGUCUGAGCUCACGUGUGGUGAAACCAUCUUUGUUUUCUUUUGUCGCUCUUUUCCGUGAACAAACUCAUAGGAAUGAAGCUAAACGGAUACUGUGAGAUGUUAUUUUUCUAUGAAAUGAUCUACUCAGGUUUUCUGAUACUUUGCUCUAGAUAAGCCAUCAGCAGGAGAAGCUGCGGAGAACGAUUGACUCAGCAAAGCAAUAUCAUGUUGAUUUGUGACAGCCGCAUCGGGACACACUGACUGUUUUUUAUUACCUGGUUUAUUUGUUGUUCCUUCAGUUGAAGCCCUCUGAAGCUUAUUGACUUCUUUGGCCACGUUAUUUAUUUGUGUCCCACACAGAACGGCAGCACAGCGACCAACCAAACACGAGGUGUCCUCCAACAGCUGAGCGGACGGGGUAGCCUGUGUGUACAAGACUUAUUUUGUAAUGUUUGCUAAAAAUCUUCAAUUUUUGUUUGUUUUUUUUUUUUACUUUUUUUAAGGGAGACCUUCAGUCUGGCUGAACUUCAAAGUGCAAAUAAAGUCCUGAACCAGU